AUGUUAAGCCGGUGCGCCCGCCACACGAAAACCGUCUCCUCUCUGCUUUCCGUUGUUCAGGUUAUUUUUCAAUAUUUUUGUGUUAUUUUAAUCUGUUUUUGGUUCACAAUAGUUGAUGUGCUGAAAAAGCUUUUAGUUCAGUAAAAAGAGGCCGGAAUUUAGUUAUCAACAGGGCUUGUACUUCAACACCAAGAGCAAAAAAAGGAUGAAGUUUAAACAUUUUUAGGGUUUUCUGAUUAGACUAUACAUCAUUCUCUUUUUAACGGAUUAGACUGGCUCCUCCUUUGAAAGUCUAGUUUAUUUUGAAGGAAGCUGUAAUUCUUUUUCGAAAAUGUUCAGCUUUAACUUGAAAAUUAUGUGUUUACCUUUGUUUUGUUGCUCAUUAAUCUUCAAGCAUGACCUAUGCAUGCAAAUCUAACUACUGAAUAGUGCAUGGUUAUUAGAAGCUUACAAAACUUUUUUUGUUGCAAUUAUUGAAAAAAAUCUGAUUUGAAACUAAAAUUCCACCCAAAUAAAUUCGAAUCACCAAAAAUACGUGAAAAAUGAAGAUUGGGAAACGAAGCGUCGCCCUUUAUUAUAUUUUUUCUCUGCAAUGCGUGGAUCUCUGUGAAAACGAGGCAGGCCAUUGUUUCGGGAAUCAAAUAAAAAAGAAACGGCGUGUUCAAACACGACUUUUUCGCGCCAACUCCAUCCCCGUGGCAUUCCUCGGCAGCCAGACACUUAUUUUCCGAACUAGCUAAUUUUUCAUUCAUCAGCAAGUUUUUCAGUGAAAAUUAAGGAAAUGCGUGUUUUCAAAAGCUGGCAAAAUUUGAGAAGAUAGUUGAUAACCGAGUCGUCCUAUCUAUAUUUACAGCCUCUAUUUCACUAUUUACGAAAUUUUAUCGAGCGAUAAAGGAAUAAUUAAUCUUGAUAAAAAAAUGGUGGGUCAGACUCGAUUAGACGCGUCUUCCUUUAGAUAACCUUGUAGGGCAAGCCCAGAGGUCAGUCUCCGCCAAACUACGUCCUUUGAUCUGUCUUUUCCGUUUUUUGAUCACGUUUCGGCCACUUUUAUCUAACUAACGUUCAAAUUGAAGUUUGAAUUGAAAUCUUUAUCGAUCUGUCGACGUUUUUUUUCUGCCCGGUUUCAUUGAAAACUCUUCUGAGUGUUCUUCGACUUUCAAGAGGAACACGCGGUCCAGUCACUGGUCAGAUUUUAUCACAAAAACUGCACGAGACGUCCUUGUUCCAUUUUUCUCAUUUCAAUUUGUAGAAAUCGAUCACGCCAGUGUCUUUUGCAAAACUAAAUUAUAACUUUUUCCUAUUUUUUCUAUUCAUUUCAGCUUGAUGAUCCUACUUUUUCUUGAAGAAAAUUGCGAUCGAAUUUGAAGAAAAUUUGAUUGGACAUAUAUAUUCCAACAGUUUUCAAGGCACACAAGUCCAUUUUCAUUUUGAGUAGUCACUUUCUUUUUACAUUUUUCCCUAUAAGUGCUAAAAAUUUAAAUAUUUUUUUAGCCAUUUUGGUUCUUAUGAAACUUCAAAUUUCUGUUGCCUAUUGGAACAACGGCUUGAUGUAGGAACCACGUUUCUCGUUUGAAUCGUAUCCUCUCAAAAGUCAUUUUUAAACAUUUUGAUGCUUUACUGAGGCAUGUAUAACCAUUCACAACGUUUUUCUGAAAUUUUGAAGUUAGAAUAAGUUAUUAAUAUGAAUUAAUUGCAGUAAAGACCUUUUUAAGAAUAGAAAUGAAGCCUUUGACAAAAUAUUCAUUUUCUCGAACUUCCCCACCAUUCUUUUACUUAACUAGUAACACUCUCUUAUCUCACGGUAUGAAUUGAAAAUGUGUUAUUCAGACGUCAAGCAUGAACGGAACGUCGGAACGGGAAGUCCACACGCCGCUGGUCCCAGUGGAGCGCAGCAAAUACGGCUCAGGAGAGAAUAUCCUGCGCGACAGUGUCCAGAAGAUCGACACCGAAGUCUUCGGCAUUAUGAAAAAUGUUCGUAGCUUCAUCUCAAUGUUUCGAGACGAAAGGUCUUCAGGAAAAGGCCCGUCAACGUCGCGGCCUCGAACUGAUCGCCUCGGAGAACUUCACCAGCAAAGCAGUCAUGGACGCCCUUGGCUCGGCCAUGUGCAAUAAAUAUUCUGAGGGAUAUCCUGGUGCCAGGUUUGCUCUAUUUUUCCACGUGAAGCUCUUUUUUAACUCUUCAGAUAUUACGGCGGUAACGAGUUCAUCGAUCAGAUGGAGCUCCUUUGCCAGAAACGAGCUCUCCAGGUGAUAUUUUUUAUGUUCUCCUAAAGCUUUAGAUUCAAAUUGAGCCAUUUUCAUAGCACAAAAAGUCGAGUUGAGCCGGAAAAUCAAAAAUUCAUCGUUUCUAACUGAGAAUAUAACUAUUUUUUCCAACGGGUUUUCCAUUCUCGAAGUUCAUUAUGCUCGAUUUAAUCACAUGCAAUAAAUGAAAUUUCUUUGACAAGUUUUUAAAUUUUACGAAUUUUCUACAAUUUUUUUCUUUGUAUAAAUACGUUUUAAAAGAAAUGAGCGGGAUAAUUCAAAAAAAAUUCGCAGCUGGAUUAUUUUAACAUUCAAACAACAGGUAUUUGGCCUGGACUCCGAGAAAUGGUCGGUCAACGUACAAUCUCUUUCUGGAUCGCCAGCCAACUUCGCCGUCUACACGGCUAUCGUUGAGCCGAAUGGCCGCAUCAUGGGAUUGGACUUGCCGGAUGGCGGUCACCUCUCUCAUGGGUCCGUUUUCGAUAAGACGACUUCAGAAAACUGAUUUUGAAGGUUCUUUCACCCCGGCGAGGAAGGUCUCGGCGACGUCGUUGUUCUUCCAAUCGAUGCCCUACAAGGUCGACGCCAAGACCGGCCUCAUCGACUACGACAAGCUGGAGGAGAACGCCAUGUUGUUCCGACCGAAGAUCCUCGUCGCGGGUGGGACGUCUCUGCAGAAUUAGUUCAAAAUUAGUUAAUAUCAGGUGUUUCCUGCUACGCUCGCCACUUGGACUACGCUCGAUUCCGCAAGAUUGCUGACAAGGUUUGUUUUGAUCCUAGGCUAGAUUGCAAGAUAUUUAAGCAAAAAUCCAUUGGUAGUUCUAAAUAGUGAGAAAUUUUCGAUGAAGGUGCCUUGAGUUUUAUGAUUCACAAUCUAGCACGGCUUCCUCUUGAAAAAAAAAACAUUUCCGCUACUUUUUGUCUAAACUUGGCAGAUCUGCGGCUCAGAUUCACAAGUCAUACAUACUAAAUUGAGAUAAAUAUCCUUCUUAUAGUGCGGAGCCUAUUUGAUGGCCGACAUGGCCCACAUUUCGGGUCUCGUCGCCGCUGGAGUGAUCCCUUCGCCAUUUGAGUACGCUGAUAUCGUAACGACCACCACGCACAAAUCUCUCCGAGGACCUCGCGGAGCUUUGAUCUUUUCACGAAAAGGUAAAAAAGCGACCAUAACGCGGGGGAUUAUGGCAUAUUGAAUGCCAAAAAAAAAAAUUUUAAAUAAUUUUUCAACUAAAACGAGAAUUUCAAAAAAAAAAAAAAUAAACGUUUUCCAAGUCGUUUUACUCCAAAACGCAAAGAGUCCGUAACCGAAAUUUUUGUAAAUAAAAAGUUUUCAAGGUGUUCGAUCAACCAACGCCAAGGGCCAGCAAGUCCUGUACGAUCUCGACGAAAAAAUCAACUCUGCCGUGUUUCCUGGACUCCAGGGAGGUCCACACAACCACACGAUCGCUGGUUUGAGAAUCCUUCAACUUGAUAAAAUGCUCGUUUUCCAAGGAAUCGCCGUCGCUCUGAAGCAGUGUCUCAGCGAAGAUUUUCGUCUCCUAUGCCAAGCAAAUCAUUCAAAACGCCAAAGCACUGGCGGAACGACUCAAUGAGCACGGUUACAAGCUCGCCACUGGUUCAUUCAUGAAGAAUCUUUUUUCUGAAUGAUGAUUUCAGGAGGAACCGACAACCACCUGCUUCUGGUCGAUCUCCGACCAACUGGAGUCGAAGGAGCUCGUGCAGAACACGCCCUGGACUUGGCUCACAUCGCUUGCAACAAGGCAAACUUCACGAAAUAAUUCUUUCACAAAAUUCAUUUCAGAAUACUUGUCCUGGAGACGUCUCCGCCUUCCGACCCGGAGGUAUCCGUCUGGGUACUCCUGCUCUCACUUCUCGCGGAUUCAAAGAGCAGGACUUCGUUAAAGUUGCCGAUUUCAUCCACGAAGGUUCCAUUAACGCAAAUUAAGAGAUCACUAACAAAUAUCACCUUUUCAGGUGUUCAAAUAGUGAAGAAGUACAACGAGCAGGCGGGCAAGACGUUGAAAGAUUUCAAGGCCUUUACCGAAUCAAAUGACGACUUCAAGAAAGAAAUUGAAGCCUUGGCCAAGGUCCAUUCUUUGUUCAUCUUAAAAAUGAAUUCUUUUUUUUUUGCAGAAAGUCGAAGAGUUCUCCGGAAAGUUCGAUAUUCCUGGCAACGAGGAGUACUGA